AUGUCAGAAAUCACUUCAUUCCCACUCCCGCGAAAUGAUUUAUCAGUUCUCUUACUCGGAGCUGGAGGUAGAGAACAUGCUUUGGCAUAUAAACUAUCCCAAUCAAAAAGAGUAUCGAAAAUAUACGUCUGUCCAGGAAAUGGUGGAACAGCUUUGAUGGGUGGUAAAGUAUCCAACUUAUCUAUACCAUGGGGUAUACCCCCUGGAUUUGAAUCCAUCAUAGCAUUUUCAAAGGAGAAUAAAAUCGAUUUGGUGGUUCCAGGACCAGAACAACCUUUGGUAGAUGGAGUUGAAGGUGCAUUCAAAAAAAUUGGUAUACCUGUAUUUGGACCUUCACCUAUGGCUUCAUUAUUGGAAGGAUCAAAAACUUUAUCAAAAGAAUUCAUGGCGAGACAUAACAUACCAACUGCAUCAUUCCGUUCAUUCACUUCAACUCAAUAUGAAGAAGCUAUUUCAUAUAUCAAAUCAAACCCUUUCAGCUCAGGUAGAUGCGUUAUCAAAGCAUCUGGUUUAGCAGCUGGUAAAGGUGUUUUAUUGCCUGAAACAAAUGAAGAAGCUUUGGUCGGUCUCAAGAGUGUGAUGGUAGAUCAUGAAUUUGGUGAUGCGGGCGAUGAAGUUGUUAUUGAAGAAUAUCUCGCUGGACCUGAAAUUUCAGUUUUGGCUUUCUGUGAUGGUUAUACAAUAGUACCUAUGCCAGCUGCUCAAGAUCACAAAAGGAUUGGUGAUGGUGAUAUCGGUCCAAACACAGGUGGUAUGGGUGCUUAUGCUCCUGCUCCUGUUGCGACCAAGGAGAUCAUGGAUAGGGUAUUGAAAGAAAGUUUGGAACCUACAAUCAAAGGUAUGAGAGAAGAUGGCUACCCAUUCGUUGGAAUGCUCUUCACUGGUUUCGUUCUUACAGCGGAUGGACCCAAAGUCCUUGAAUACAAUGUACGAUUCGGUGACCCAGAAACUGAAGCUUUGAUGUUACUCUUGGAUGAUGAGACUGAUCUCGCAGAGGUCAUGCUUGCAUCCGUCGAGGGACGACUUGAUUCCGUCAAAUUAGGCUACAAAGACGGUUUUGCUGUUUCUGUCAUUCUCGCUUCUGAAGGUUACCCCGGUAAAUACCCUAAAGGUGUACCGAUCACCAUUCAUCCAGAUAUGCCUGCUGGAGUUCACGUCUUCCACGCUGGUACCACUAUCAAAGAUGACACUGGUGUCACUGAUGGUGGUCGAGUGAUCGCUGUCUGCGCAUCUGGUUCUUCCCUUCGAGAAGCCGUUGAUCUCGCUUACGCAGGAGUUGAAAAGAUCACAUGGAAAGGCAAGACAUUCCGACGAGACAUCGCUUAUCGAGCAUUGUCAGCCGAAGUGACUGCCGACGCUCCUGCAUCAGCACAAUCUGCCGGACUCACUUAUGCUGCUGCUGGUGUCUCCAUCACAGCAGGGAACGAUUUGGUCGACGCCAUCAAACCAGUCGUCAAAGCUACUCGAAGACCAGGAGCCGAUUCCAAUAUCGGUGGAUUUGGUGGAGCUUUCGAUUUAGCCGCAGCUGGAUACACUGAUCCCAUCUUGGUUUCUGGAACGGAUGGUGUCGGAACCAAAUUACGUGUAGCAUUAGAUUAUGGUAAACAUACAUCUGUCGGAAUCGAUUUGGUCGCCAUGUCAGUUAACGAUUUGAUCGUUCAAGGAGCCGAGCCAUUAUACUUCUUGGAUUAUUACGCAUGUUCAAAAUUAGAUGUACCAGUCGCCGCAGAUGUCAUAACUGGAAUAGCAGAAGGUUGUCUUCAAGCUGGAUGUGCUUUAAUUGGAGGUGAAACUGCUGAAAUGCCAGGAAUGUACCUUAAAGAUGAUUACGAUCUAGCUGGAUUCGCCGUCGGUGCAGUUGAAAGGAGUCAACUAUUACCUUCAAAUGAUAUUCAAGCUGGAGAUUAUUUGGUAGCUUUAUCUUCUUCUGGUCCUCAUUCAAAUGGAUAUUCAUUAAUUCGAAAAAUCAUUUCGUUAUCAAAUAUAUCAUUACAUGAUCAAGCUCCUUGGACUACCGAUAUCGAUUCUGAACAAAUAACAAUGACAGUUGGAGAAUCAUUAUUGACACCAACCAAGAUAUAUAUAAAAUCAUUAUUACCAGGAAUCAAAACUGGUCUAUAUAAAGGAAUGUCACAUAUAACGGGAGGAGGAUUCACUGAAAAUAUACCAAGAAUAUUCUCGAACGAAUCAGGCUUAGGUGUUAAAAUGGAUCUAAAUUCAUACGAGCUACCUAGGAUAUGGAAAUGGUUAAUGAAGGCUGGAAAUGUUGAAUCAAAAGAAAUGGUUAGAACUUUUAAUUGUGGUGUUGGAAUGAUCAUUAUAGUUUCAAAAGAAAAAAUUGAAAAAGCUUUGGAAAGUUUGAAAGUGAAUGGUGAAGAUGCUUGGAUUAUCGGUGAAGUCAUCCAAGGAAACGGUGUCGAAUAUGAAGGAUUGGAAUCAUUCGGUCUUGAUCAAUAG